GGUGGCUCUCGGGUAGUGUGUUACUACAAUAACGAGUAUUGUACACACAACACUGUGCUGAUCCAGCGGCCGACCACUCGUCGAUAUAAAUAAUUGUACAACAAUAUAGUAUUACACUGAAAUUCACAAUCGUCGUAAGUACUCAAAACGAGUCGGACGUCUAUAUAGCAUAAUAUAAUAUUCGGUAUAAGACGCGCAUUGCAGCUGUACAUUUUUGGUGCAAGUCGAGGUGCAACCCGACGGUUUGACCAGAGAACGUGAAUAGGUGAAAAAGCUUCUGUCGGAAUGAUCACCACAGUGAUACGAUGGGCUUGCUGCAGUUUGAUCAUCGUGGUGAUGAUAUUAGGCAUCGACGGGCUCGACAAUGGACUCGCUCUCACACCACCGAUGGGUUGGCUCGCGUGGCAGCGAUACAGAUGCAUCACGGAUUGCGAAGCAUACCCCGAUGAUUGUGUCAACGAACAAUUGUUCAUGAGAGCAGCGGAUUUAUUGGUUAGUGAAGGCUACUCUAAAUUGGGUUAUAAUUAUGUUAUUGUGGACGACUGUUGGUUAGCCAAGAACAGAUCAGCAGAUGGAAAAUUAGAAGCCGACAAAAUAAGGUUCCCAAGCGGUAUUAAAGCAUUAUCAGACUAUGUACAUUCUAAAGGUCUUAAGUUUGGAUUAUAUGAAGACUGGGGUACUAAAACAUGCGCAGGUUAUCCUGGAGUAUUGGGGCAUGAAGAGUUAGAUGCUAAAACAUUUGCAGAAUGGGAUGUUGACUAUGUCAAACUAGAUGGAUGUUAUUCAAAUGUUAGACACAUGGACAAAGGCUAUCCUGAAUUCGGGAGGCAUUUAAAUAACACUGGAAGACCAAUGGUGUAUUCUUGUAGUUGGCCAGCUUAUCAAGAAGAAAAGGGAAUGUUAAUUGACUACGCAUCAAUGGCCAAACAUUGUAAUCUUUGGCGUAACUACGAUGAUAUUGAUGACUCAUGGGAAAGUAUGAUCAAAAUCGCAGAUUAUUUUGCACAAAAACAAGAAUUUUGGGCAAAAUAUGCUGGACCUGGACAUUGGAAUGAUCCAGACAUGCUUUUAAUUGGUAACUUUGGAUUAACAUACGAUCAAAGUAAAACACAAAUGGCUAUCUGGGCAAUACUGGCUGCUCCAUUGCUGAUGUCAAACAAAUUAACAGAUGUACAACCAAAAUUUAAGGAAAUUUUACAAAACAAAGAAGUUAUUGAAGUCAAUCAAGACAAACUUGGAAUACAAGGCACUAGAGUGUUUAGGGACAAGGGUAUUGAUAUUUGGACUAGACCAGUUGAACCUUUCAACAAUGGAUACCAUUCGUAUGCAGUUGCAUUUGUAAGCCGCCGCGUUGACGGUGCUCCUUAUCCCUACAAUAUAACAUUAGAAGAUUUAGGUCUAAAAAAUCCUAAUGGAUAUUCAAUUAUUAACCUUUUUGGAAAAGAAAAAAGUCCAACCACUGGUAUUUAUUGUCCAAAAACAACAGUUAAAGUUAGAGUUAUUCCUUCAGGAGUGGUUUUUUUGCGAAUGAACAUAGAAAAUUCAAAUUUACCAUGUACUAAUAACAGCAAAAGUCAAUUCUUCAAGUAAUAAUCAAGAAUACCCACAG